AUGGUUUUGGCCGACUUUGAGAGGGAUCCUAAUCGGAUCUCAGUGGCCUUUGUCACCUACUAUUACAAUCUUUUAAACUCAAACCACACCAAACUAUAUCAGCUUUACUAUAAAGAUGCAGUCUUGAGACAUAAUGAUUACAAGAAUCCUUUUGCACCUCAGGCUGAGGAAGUUGUUGGUAUUGAGAAUAUUAAGAACCACUGGUCUAAAUCGAUGUUGGGUGGUGCUAAGGUGAUGAUUCAGUCGAUUGAGACUACUAGAUCUUACAAAGAUUCGAUUCUGAUAGUUGCCGUUGGCGAGUUGGCUUUGAAGCAUCACGAGGUGGACAAAGAUGAAGAUCAGCCAUCUUAUAAGUUUGUUCAGACUUUCAUAUUGGUUCCUAUGGAAAAGAAGGAUGUAUAUGAUGUUUACAAUGAUGUGUUGACUUUUAUUCCCGACAUUGAUUAUGAAUACGGAAAUGACGAGGAAGACGUGGAGGAGGAGAUUACUGCAGAUCCCGUAAAGGAAGAGCCUGAGAUAGAGUCAAAUGUCGAAUCUACGGAUGUUAAAAUCAACGAAACUCCAGCCAAGGAGGUCAAGGCUGAAGAGACCGAGGUCAUGGCUGAGGUCAUUGCUGAGGUUAUGCCUGAGGUCAGGAAUGAGGCCAAGACUGAGAUCAAAAGUGAGGAGAUUAAAAAUGAGGAUAUCGAGAGUGAGGAAAUUAAGAAUGAGGAAAUUAAGAAUGAGGAGGUUAAGACUAAUGCGGUUAGAAGUGAUGAGACUAUUGCUAAAGUCAAUGAAGAAGUUAAGGCCCACGAAACAGAAGAGAAAUUGCGGGCGCCCUCGGAGGAGCCUCAGAAAGAAACCCCUGAGGAAAAGAAGCUUGAAAGUUCAACUACUCCUGUCCCUGUCAAACCAACCAAGGGACUUAGCUGGGCCAACCAGAUCGCUUCUUCUGGAGUUAAAAACACUUCUGUUGCAAAAGUCCCCGUUCAACGGUUGGUGAAGGGUAAGACAGAGACAUCCCCAGGACCAUCGGGCUCCAAAAAGGGAGCCAAAAAGAAAGAUGGAAAGAAACACCACCACCAGGAUUCCGAUUCCGAUGAUGGCUUUGAGAAGGUUGGUAGCGACGGUGGCAAGAAGCCGGGCAGACAGAACAGUGGCAUCAACAAGAAGGGUCAGAUUAUCUACCCUAUCUUUAUUAAGGGAAUUGACAAGAUGACCAGCGAGGCAGCUUUGGUCAGCGCCCUGGAAUCUUCAUUCGGACAGGUUGAUUCUUGCCGUGUGGAGAGAACUACGGCAUACGUUGAUUUUGUUGAACAGGAAGCUCAGAAGAAAGCUCUCGCCACACAUCUUCUGAAGGUUGGUGGAAAUGAAAUCAAGCUUGAGGCUAGAAUCAAAAGAGAUAGGGAAAGAGGCGACAGAGAAAACUCGUCGUCAAAGAAGAAGAAGAACAGAAACGGUAAGCGCCAUAACAACGGUGCAAAUGGCAAUGGUGGCAGUGGUAGCAGUAGUGGUAACGGUAACGGUAGCGGAGGAGGGGGAAACAGCUCGGGAAUGACUGAAGAUGGUUUCAAGAGAGUCGGGAAGCGCUGA